UUACUUACAGACAAUCUCUCACUUCACAAUGGUGGWACAACCACAAAGACAACUAAAUCCCAGCACCAGUGGACUCCAGCACAGCCACARGUCAAGACAGGGGGACCAAACUGGCAAAAACAGAACCUCCCUGCUCGGUCUACCGUCCCCUCGGCACAGAUGGGAUGGGGAAGUGGAUCCAUUUCACCGCAGCAACCAGGGAUGUAUCGACCUCCAUUUGGUCAGCCUGUUGGCCAGCCUCCAGCAGGACAGCCGAUGGGGGGUCAACCACCAAUGUUUCCUGGAGGUUUUGCUGCUGGUCAGCCUCAACAACAACCUGCAGAUCCCUUUGGACCAAUUCCAGGAUCACAGGUUAGUGAAAAGUUCAAGAAUCACAAUCAACCGCUGUACCUUACAAGCCAAAGCGCCAUUUUAGUAGCGCGAAUUGUCUUCCAUCGUUUCAAUUUGUACAGAAAAACACUCGAACUUCUAUUAAGCGGCCACCUUCGGAAAAGAACAUUUGACCCUCGGGACCGUAAUUUAGUGUCCGAGAGUCCGUAA